AUGUUUGUCGGGGACUCUUUGAACCGGAAUCAGUGGGAAUCGAUGAUAUGUUUGGUUCAGUCGGCAGUUCCUCCCGGCAGGAAGAGCUUGAACAAGACUGGCUCUUUAUCUGUUUUCAGAAUUGAGGAUUACAAUGCUACGGUGGAGUUUUACUGGGCUCCGUUCUUAGUCGAGUCCAACUCGGACGACCCAAACAUGCACAGCAUAUUAAACCGCAUCAUCAUGCCCAAGUCCAUCAAAAAGCACGGCAAGAAUUGGAAGAACGUAGACUACCUCGUCUUCAACACGUACAUUUGGUGGAUGAACACUUUUGCCAUGAAAGUCUUGCGAGGCUCGUUUGACAAAGGCUCGACCGAGUAUGAUGAAGUGCCGAGGCCUGUGGCUUAUAAUCGAGUGCUGAGGACGUGGUCCAAAUGGGUUGACAAAAAUGUGAACCCAAACCAUACCCAAAAGGAUGGACAUUUUUGUUCGAGAAUGAUUUCUAUAUACAUUAUGGAGAGGUUUUUGGCUGUUGAGGGGUGGGAAGAAGAAAGUCGAGAGUAA